AUGGAUUUAGUCAACCACCUCCCAGACCGCCUAUUGUUUGCAGUUCCCAAGAAGGGACGUUUAUAUGAGAAGUGCUGCAACUUGCUUGCUGGUGCAGACAUCCAGUUCAGAAGAUCCAACAGACUCGAUAUUGCUCUUUCGACAAACUUGCCUGUGGCUUUGAUUUUCUUGCCAGCGGCAGAUAUUCCAACCUUUGUUGGAGAGGGAAAAUGCGACUUGGGAAUCACUGGCUUGGACCAAGUGAGAGAAGCCGAUAUGUUUGAAUCUGUGUCCGACUUGUUGGACUUGGAGUUCGGAAAAUGUAAAUUGCAAGUCCAGGUCCCAGCCGACGGUGACAUCGAAAAGCCUGAGCAAUUGGUCGGCAAGAAAAUCGUCUCAUCCUUCACUAGAUUGUCCGAGAGCUUUUUCAAGGACUUAGAGGUCGAAGCUGGCGUUCCAGUAGGAAGCACCAAAAUAAAAUACGUUGGCGGUUCUGUGGAAGCCUCGUGUGCUCUUGGUGUCGGUGAUGCCAUUGUUGAUUUGGUCGAGUCUGGUGAGACAAUGAAAGCGGCGGGGUUAAAGGCCAUUUCCACCGUCUUGGACACUUCUGCUCACCUCAUUUCCUCUAAAACACCAAGAUUUCCUCAGUUGGUGGACACCAUCCACCAAAGAUUCGAGGGUAUCAUGGCUGCACAGAGGUUUGUCUUGUGUAACUACAACGCUCCAAGAUCUAUUGUCCCAGAGGUGUUGAAGAUCACCCCUGGAAGAAGAUCAGCUACGAUUUCAGCGUUGGAGAAACAGCCUAAUGAUCCCGAAGAAUGGGUGGCUGUUUCUUCGAUGGUCGAAAAGAAGAGAAUUGGAAACGUUAUGGACAAUUUGAAGAAGGCGGGAGCCUCGGACAUUUUGGUGUUUGACAUCAGCAACUGUAGAGUAUAG